AUGAAGGCUGGUGCUCUCCUCGCUCUGCUUGCGGCGCCCAUGGCGGCCAAUGCCCACUACAUCUUCAACAUUCUCGUCGUCAACGGCCAGACCAUUGGUGGCGAGUACGCCUACGCUCGUAAGAACAGCAACGCGUACAACCCCGUCAUCACCAACGACAUUGUCAACUCCAACGACCUCCGCUGCAACAGGGGCGCUGUCGCUGGUAACACCGGUACCUACACCGUCAAGGCCGGUGACAAGAUCGGCUUCAAGAUCUUCAACAACGAGAGGAUCGAGCACCCUGGUCCUGGAUUCGUCUACAUCUCCAAGGCUCCCGGAAAGGUCAAGGACUACGAUGGCAGCGGCGUCUGGACCAAGGUCAUGGAGAGCGGUCUUGCCAACCCCAGCGCCCCUGGUGUUGACAAGAGCUGGGCCAACUGGGACAAGGAUAGGCUCGAGUGGACCAUCCAGAAGAGCAUUCCUGCUGGUGAAUACCUUGUCCGUGUCGAGCACAUUGGUCUUCACGAGGGUCACGUUGGCAAGGCCCAGUUCUACAUGGAGUGCUUCCAGCUGAACAUCCAGUCCUCUGGCACUGGAACUCUCGGCCCCACUGUCAAGAUCCCCGGUCUCUACAGCGCCAACGAUGCCGGUAUCAAGUUCAACAAGUGGAACAACCCCAAGUCUUACCCCAUGCCCGGCCCCAAGCUCUACGCCGGCCAGUAA